AUGGCACCAUCAAUUUCAGCACCAACGAAAUUCCUUUCCUUCUCAUUUCUUUUGAUAUCAAUAAUAGUUUAUCAAACAAAUGGUCAAUUGCCAAUUCAAACAACCAUGGUGUUAUAUCUGCAAGACAUAGCAAGAGGACCUAAUGCAACAGUUGCUCCAGUGAUUGGUCUGAGUGGAAGGGAUUGGUCAUACAACUCAUUUGGAACCAUAUUUGUAGUUGAUGACCCUGUAAUGAUGAGUGCAAACCCAUCUUCUCCUGUAGUGGGUAGAGCCCAAGGUAUGCUUGUAGUGUCAGCUCAAGAUGGUGCUAAUGUGAAUGUGGUGCUCUCAAUUGUGUUCAAUAACAUGCAAUACAGUGACAGCACAUUGGAACUACAAGGCAUUAGUCGCCAACGUCAAGAUUAUAAGGAGGUGUCUGUGGUGUCUGGGACUGGCAGGUUUCGCUUUGCAAGGGGCUUUGCUGCAUUGCAGACUGCGUAUUAUGAUCCUCAAACUACUCACUCUGUUGUUCGCUUGACUAUAAAUUUGGCACAAACAAGAUAA